AGCCAUAGAUAAAUCUAGUAGAAAUACAGAAAAUAUCCCAUCUUGUAGAUAUUUUCAUCUCCACCACCAACCAUUUCUUCUUUUGCUGCUAUUCUUUUCCACCACACAUGCGCACCCCGCCCCAAGUACGUAGCAUCGAGAACCGACUCCGCGCGAAACCUUGUCUCCUCGCACCAGCAACCACUGCCUGUCGAUAAUUUGCACCGCGUAGAAGCUGUAUUGUGCAUCGAAAAUCAUCCAGAUCACCAGAAAUAUCGACUGCCACUGCCGUAAUGUUCUUCAAUAAGCUCCUCUUGGGGCUCACAAGCUUCCGCUCCCCGCUCCUCCAAGGCAUCGUCCCCUGCGUCGCCGCCGCGUUUGGAUGCCAGAUAGCAGCGGGCAUCCCGUCCAUCUUGUUCGGCACAGAGCGCUUCUUUGACUUUUCAGGAUCCGUCACCUUUCUCGCCGUCGGCGCGCUGAGCCUCUACUUGCCCGCGCUGCGAUCUCGCGCCGCCGCCGCAGUCAAUGGCGUGGCUCCGGACAAGCUGCCUGCGCUGCCCAGCUUGACGCAGAUGAUUUCGUCGGUGGGAAGACUCGGCGCAGAGCAGGGCGCUGGAGCUAGAGAUUGGCGACAGGUUGCUGCUACCGCGCUUGUUCUUAUCUGGGCGACACGUCUUGGAUCGUACCUCCUUUCCCGCAUUACUGACCACGGCACCGACUCCCGCUUCGACAAGAUCCGACACCGCCCUGCUCGAUUCUCCUUUACAUUCUUCAUGCAAGCCCUCUGGGUGAGCUUCCAGAUGAUGCCUGUUCUUGCCCUCAACGCUGUCCCGUCGGCCACUCUGGCCGCUAGCAAGGUCUCUCCUACUACUGCUAUCGGAUUGGGACUAUGGGGUGCUGGAUUUAUCUUUGAGGUUGGCGCUGAUAUGCAAAAGAGCCGCUGGUUGCGCGAGAAGCGCGACAAGGUCCACGACCAGGAGUUCUUGACGGGAGGAUUCUUCAACUUGUGCCGCUACCCCAACUACUUUGGAGAAAUUACCAUGUGGACGGGUCUGGCUACUACGGCAGCUGGCAUCUUGGCACAGCGCCCUGUUCAGUUUGCCUUGGGACUCUCUGGAGGUGUCCCUGGAAUCGCCUUAACUUCCGCCAUUUCCUUUCUCAGCCCUGCCUUCAUUAGCUUCUUGUUGCUCAAGGUUUCUGGAAUUCCUCUUAGCGAGCCUAAGUAUGACAAGAAGUUUGGCCACCGCAAGGAUUACCAGGAAUGGAGAAACAACACUCCUCGUUUGAUCCCCAAGUUUUGGUAAAAGAGUCUACCACGGGCAGGGAGGGGAGAUUCUGGGAACGAGUCAAUGUCACAGUUCGUGACUUAAUGAAGCUAGGACGCUCUUAUAAUUUGUACUGUGAACUUGAGAGACUAUUCAAGUAUGUAAUUUGUCUUCGGAUUACUCUGUGUCCUAUGUGUAGUGUCUAUUUUACCUUAGUAUGAUGAUAGAAUUAAAUUUUAAGAUUUAAAAUGGUCUAUUAGGCCAGGUCUAAUAGUUGUCAUAGGCACCUCACGGUGUCUGUUGAUCUCCCAAGCCUCACGGGUAGCAUAUACCGUGACGAUGCAAUUGUUAGUUUGGUGGAUCUAGCAGGCGUAUACAUAGCUAGAUUAAAAACACAAUAAAAACGUGUCUCAAUUUGAGCGCCGAAGAUCAAAAUACACUCGUUUAGUUCAUAUACAACGACGGGACGUGACAAAGUUAGCUACUGUGACCCCUCUACGCCCGCUCUCUAUGAUCCAAUGCCAUAACAUCCUUUUCAUGAAGACUUAGAAACGUCUUUGGUUCGUCUCCGAUUAGAAACGUCAUCAUCUAAAGUAAGAACAAGGCCAAGAUGCUCAAUGCAAAGUGGCAAUCCGUAUAGCUCCCGUGAGUGGACAAUCUCGAAGUACCCAAAAGUUCAGUGUUUUCAUUAAUGUGCUAUAGUUCCUUCUCAUAUCCCUUCCAUAUAAAAUAAAUCCUUUUUUUCCUUUAUCAUAACGGGUUCAUGCAUUCCUUAGUACUUGCUCCAGCGCCGGGUAUGUGCAAAAUAAUAGUAGUUUGUAUUUUGUUGGUAUUUUUGGUCGGAUUAUUCAAUCGUUUCCUAGGCCUGCAGGUGGAACUGCUUGACCUUCUCAACUUCGUCGUAGCUGCCCAUGAAGAUACCGGCACGGUCGUGGAUGUGCUCGGGCUCAACCUCGAGCAUUCUCUUCAUGUUGCUGUCAACAGCUUGGCCACCGGCUAUAAAUAGUUAGUUAGCAACAAGAAAGAACAUUAAUGUACUAGGAGCUAUUAAAACUUACCGUUCUCAAAGACCAUGGCCAUGGGAGCACACUCGUACAGAAUACGGAGCUUGCCCUUGGGGCUCUUCUUGUCAGCGGGGUAGGCAAAGACACCUCCGUACAGAAGAGUACGGUAAGCAUCAGCAACCAUGGAACCGAUGUAGCGGGAGCUGUAGGGCUUGCCGUUGGACUGGGCCAACUUGAGAGAGUUGAAGUAGUCAAUGGUGGGCUUCUCCCAGUAGAGAGAGUUACCCUCGUUGACGGAGUAGAUGGCGCGAGACUUGGGCAUCUGCAUGUUGGGGUGGGUGAGGAUGAACUCGCCGACGCCGUUGUCGAGAGUGAAGCCGUUGACGGUGCUGUCCUUCAUGGUGAGGACGAGCUGAGCAGAGGCACCGUACAUGGUGAACCCGGCAGCAACCAGCUCAGUACCGGGCUUGAGGAUGUCCUCCUUGGUGCCCUGUGAGCCCUCGGGGAGCUUGUGGAUGGCAAAGAUGGUGCCGACAGAGACACCGGCGUCCAAGUUGGAGGAGCCGUCAAUGGGGUCGCAAGCAACAGCGUAGCGGGCACCAGUGGCGUUCUCGAAGAUGAUAACCUCCUCUUCUUCCUCAGAGACUAGGACUUUGCACUUGCCGCAAGAGCGCAUAGCCUCGAUGAAGAUGUCGUUGGAAAUGACAUCGAGCUUCUUUUGCUCAUCGCCAGUGGUGUUGGAGGAGCCAGCGAGACCAGUGAGGUUGAUGAGGGUAGCGCGACGGAUGUAGUAGGCAAUGGACUUGAAGGAGAACUGGAGGGCGUGGCAGAGGAGGCUGGCGAGAUGUUAGCGAGGUGGGUGCGUUAGAUGCAGCUUGAAGCUGGGCGGACAGAGGACGUACGUGAAGUCACCAGUGGCCUCCUUGUGCUUGACCUGCUCUUCAGUCAGGAAGCGAGUGAGGGUGACAAUGUCGGUGUUGAUCUUCUCGGGUUCUUGAGUCAUGGUGGGCAGUGUUUUGUGAGGGGUAGCUAGCUGUUGUAGAGAGGAAGCAGAGCAGAAGCUAGGUGAAGGCGGGUGGGAUUGAAUUGAGAAGAUGAAGAAAAAAGGAUGAUGAUUGGGAAAAGAAGGAAGAAGAGGUAAAAGUUGUUGAGAAGGAAGACAGGCGCGAGUGGUUUACGUUGAUUGACGGAUUUGCGUUUCUUGCCGAAGGGAGCCGUUGCGGUUGGUCUAGGCCAAAGAAAGUGCUUGGGCGUCGGGACGCAAACCCCGAAUUUUACAGCGGGGGAGGGGCAG